AUGUCCCUAAGCAGAGCUCCGGCCCGGGACACCUCUGAGACCCCCAGCCCGAGAGAACGCAUCCGCAGCCACAUGAAGAUGGUGAUCGACCAGCUGGAAGGCAUUCUCAAAGAGCUCAAGGAUGUGGCCAAGGAACUCCGGGAGGUGGUGGGUCAGAUCGAUAAACUCACGUCCGACUUUGACUUUGACCUGGAGCCGGAUGACUGGACGGUGGCCACAGCCAGCAGCACGUCCAGCAGCGAGCGGGGUUUGGGAGAGGCCUUCAGGCUGGACUUCCUCAAUGCAGACGUGCUUUCCGACAGCUGGGAGUUCUGCAGCUACCUGGAGGCUGCAGGCGCGGCGGCCCGCCGUUCUUGCGAGCAACCGGGGGAUCCAAGGCAGGAUCUGGGUCGCGGGACCAUCCCCACCCAGACGCACACCCCCACCCCGCCCCCCACCACUGCCUCAGUCUACUCCCAGAUGAAUGGCGGGCUGCCCAUACCGAAUGGGCCGCGCAUCAUCACUCCGGAUUCGUCCAGCGAGGAGGCCAGCAGCUCCACGCACAGCCACAAGACCUCCCGCACCUCCGGCACAAGAGAAAGAGUCCGUUUCAGCGACAAAAUCCUGUAUCACGCAUUGUGCUGUGACGACGAUGAGGAAGAGGAGGAGCAGGAGGACUUACAAGAGGACAAGAGUGGCUGUGCUACACCGGACAGCGAUACUGAACCCAGCCUUCUGGCCAGCUCGGUCGCACCCAAACGUUCUUCCUCUGAGCACUCGCUCCUCCAUAACUGUCUGGACCCUUCCUACAUAUCCUCUCCUGUGAAGGGGACGACAGGAGCUCACACACUACCCAGAAAAGGUCUCUUAAACCCGGGCUGCCGCAAAAAACUGUUACGAAAUAGCAGCACACAAACUGUCUCUGACAAGAGCACCCAAACUGUACUGCCCUAUAUUCCAACCAAACAGAAAACAAAGGACCACUGAGAGAGCCGAAGCUGAUCAUAAAUCCCAUGAAGAGGACUGUGCAUUAUUUAAUAUUAAAUACAUAGCUCAUAGAUUAAUACACAAAUAAAUUAAUUACUAAAUAAAUAAAUGAUAUAUGGGAAACCACUCGACUACCUAAAGUCAUUCUGAGGCUCAGGGAAAAAAAAAAAAAAAUGAAAUGAAGUAAAUGAGAUCAUGGAGAUGAAAGUUACCGGUGGACCAAAAGGUUAGUGCCUGUUCUAAUGCUAAAGACACAAUGGAUGGACUCCUUCUGUGUAACCGCUGCAAACAAAACAUCACUAAAAUCAGUUUUUACCAGAACAUUUCAAGAGCUCAAUAUUAAAAGUAUGAAAAGGUUGUUUUCCCCUCGUCAUACAGGAUCCGCCACAAA